AUGGGACGGAAACUAGCCGUGGUGAAGAAGCAGCAAAAGGUUCGAAAGCGCACUGCCAAGCAGAAGGCGCGCGCAAGUGCUGCAGUCGACGGCCUGGCGGACAGGCUGGCUAAAGUGGCCUCCCCUGCAGCUUAUGCCGAAGCCGCUGGUAGUCAAAGCGGGAAAAGAGGCCGCCGAAUGCAGGUCGAUGCUCAGAUGAAGGAGGCACCAGGGAGUGGGCGAGCUCCCACACCGCGCGAGGAGCUGAAGCGAAAGCUGAAGGCUAAGCUGGCAGGCCAUGCACUGGAUCGUACUCAAGGACUGGAGAAGGGGCAAGUGGACAGCAGCGGCUUGCCGCUCGCCAGACUCAGGGAGGGAACCGUGCCGUUGCGGGGAUUGGUCCUGGUAAGCCUGCUUCAUGCAGAGCGGAGGCCGGCGGAAGCAGAAGAAACAAGAAAACUCGAACGAAGAGGAGAGGAGGAGAACCAGGAAGAGGGAAGGACACAGGGCUCUGCAGCGAGCUUCGAGUUUCAGGUGGCCGUCCGCCAGGAUCUCGAGGCCUGCCUUUUGUCCAGGCAUGCUGCCAUGCACCAGGCUGCUUGGCUGAGGAAUGCGGCUAACAUGCCGAGAGGUGACGGCGACUAUGAGUUCACGGAGCAAGAACAGGACGGCACGGAUGCGCUGAAUGACGACACCUUCGGUGAUGCCGGAGCCAUCGGCUCUGAUUGGGAGCCCUCCCUGGCGCAGGAGGCCUUUCACAGGGAGCUCGAGCAAGUUACGGAGCAACAGACGGUUUUCCAUGGGUUGGGAUUGUGCAAGCUCUUCGGCUUUUCUUGA